AUGGAGGGCGUGGAAUGCGGCGAUGGCUUCCAAGCUAAAAAAGAGCAAGAUGGCAUCAGCUUGUCCAUAACAGUGCCUAGAAAUAUGGCAGAGGAUUCUAGAUUUUGUAAGAUUUGCUACUCGUUGACAAAUCCAAUAAACAUGAAAGAUGAUUUGAUCUCUCCUUGUAACUGCAAAGGAUCCAUAGGUCUCGUCCACAGCGCAUGCCUAAAAAUGUGGAGAUACAGAGGCAAAAGAAUUAAGGAUAUAAGAAAAUGUGAGCAGUGCUCUUCGUUCUACAGGCUGGACAAUGAGAUAGUACCGCAUAGAGUUGUGGUUUCACUUGUAACAGUUAGCAUCUUGCUUCUAAUGUAUCUGGUGUCAACCAUUCUGUUUAAGUCAUUAGUCGACGCAUUCGUCAUAAUAAUAAGAGACUUCUUUUUCACGGAUGUCCAUGCACUUGUAGAUAUCGAGAUGGGAAGGGGCCUUGAAUAUGUUUUCUUCCAGAAGCAAUCUCCUCUAGAAUAUAAGUUUGUGGAGACGAAUGGGUUUAUAUAUCUCUUUAUUAUGGUUCUGCUCUACCAAGUCUUUUCUAAGAUAAGCUUCUUUUCCAUAUUCAACUACAUGUUUACAUUCUGGAGAUUGAAUCAGUUUGACUUUGCACUAGACAAGGUUCUCUUUGGAUUUAUGUCUAUGUACUACAUGAAGAAGGCAUAUAAUGAUAUCUACGCUAGAGUUGACGCCGGUCUUAUUUUCUUUCUGAACUAUAAAUAG